GGAGAGGAGGGGGUGGGAAGGCAAAAUAAGCCACAUGCAUAAGGAGGGAGCCAGAAGCACAGAGACAGAGAGGGCGAGUGUGUGUGUGGGUGUGUGCAUGUAUGUGUGAAAACACUGCGCAUGUGUGACUGUGAGGCGCACAGACUGAAGCAGACGGAGGAGGAGAAAGAGGAGUAAUGAACGGCAGCUAAGGCGACAGGAGAGGUAACAGCGGAGGAGAGGGAAAGAAGGAACAGAGAGGCUUAUCUGAAGACCAGAAGAAAGAGACGAGCAGAAAGAAAGACAGGGGGGCCUACAUACGGGCAAACACAGCACAGAUACUCAGGUCACAGCACAAAAUAAGCUGAACAAUUUGAGAGGAACAGAGGGAUGGAGAAAGAGAUACCAGAGGGAGACACUCAGCCACAGCUCGUCAGGGAAGGAGCAAGGGUGGGAGAGUGAAGGACAAAGGUACCAGAGAGGAGAGGCUGAACGAGGGAUGCGGAGCUCGACGAAAGCAGCCCCGAGACAUGACGCAUCCUCCACCUUGCAGCAGCUUCCUCCAUCUUACAUCUCCUCCAUCUUUUCCUCCCUUCACUGCCGUUUGGUGUUCAUCCUGCUAAAGUCAAAUGGACAGAAGAGAGCAUCCUCCCUCUGGUGAGAGGUCCCUCGAACAAACGGACUGACCAUCUUGGUUUAUCUUCGCAGAGCAGCAUCAACAGUGUCGACAUGGUCAAAAACUGGAACAGGAGCGAGGAAGCGAGGAAGGACUGGAACAAGACAAGUGCGUAAGCAGACAGGCUGACGGACCAAAGGAAUCACGUUAUGAGUCUGACUCACUGAAAAAGGGAGACAAGCACAGAGGCAUCCUUCAGACUGUUAUCACUUCUGCUGCUCCGUUGGGAGGACUGUUUGAAAAUCAAAAGGAAAAAAAACACCCUUCACUCCCACCUUUGAGGAAUUCAGGAGUGUUGGAGCUUGAAGGAGUCAUUCCAACAGCUUUCUGGAGCAUUAUAGGACACCUCCCAAAAACAAAGACCUCCUCCUCCCUCCUUCUUAUCAACAAGCCACUGAGAGGGUCACACAGGGUCACCUGACCAAACUGGACCAAGAGCAGAGAGAAAGAGGUUAUUCUUUCUUUCUUUCUUUCUCACGCUUUCGAGUCGGUGUCUCACACACCCGCAGCCAAAAACAGGAAGUUAAGCGGGCGUUUAAGCCAGACACACACACACAUAAAGGCUAGUCUGAGAAGGCAAGAGUUUCCCUUGGCAGGCCACAGGAUAUAUUUUAAAACAAUACCUCUUGGACCUUUCUGAACUGCCUGUACUCACCCCCCUCCCUUCUCUCCCCUACUCUGUGAAUGCAGAAAUUUACCAACCUGUACUGUAUGUAUAUAUGUGAGCAUCUGUGUGCAUAUGAGAUUAUUUAUUGGUGUUCACUGAGUGAGAACAUAUCUAUGUGCUAAAGUACUAACUGUCCUUGUGUGAGCAUAUCCGUUUCUGUGAAUAGCCAUCAGAGACAGCACAGGAACAUCAGCGUAAGUGAUUCAAAACAACAAAAAACUACCUUCAAGUAGUCAACACUGGUCAGAUACUGUAAGCUGGACUGUUAAAUCAUCUGUACAUAUCAGCUGUGACAGAAUAAGAGCUGCAGAUUGUGGUGCUCUGGCUGAGCUCCUCUAUCUGCCUUCCCCUCAUAAAGACUCAGGCUGACAGCAGUGCACACCAGGGAGGGGGAUCUCUGAGGGAAACAUGGAGGCAACCAUCCGUCCCCAUGUCCCCUCGAAUGGCUGACUUCACAGAAGGAGCCCAGUCUUUUACCCCUUGCGCAGAACUAAGCAGGGGCGUCAGGCGCUGAUAAGAGCCACAGCCCCUCUCUCUCUCUCUCUUCCACCUCCAAAAAACGUGCGAAUGUCCUGCCUCAGGCGUCAGCCCGUCACCAUCCCCAUGGACACCGUCAAGAUCAUCCAGUCGGAGAAGUUCCCCAGAGAGUGCCCCGUGCCCGUCACCCAGCCGCGCUAUGCCCCACCCCCCAGAGUGGCAUGGGACGGCGGAGGUGAAGGCGAAAUAAUCGUCAACCAGGCCUGCAGCGACCUGACCCUGGACAUAUCAGGGUCUCCCCGGCCGAUGGUGUCCCCUCCGGCCUCCGUGACGCGCAGGGAACAGAGCUUCCUGGCGCAGCGCAAAACCAGUGCCAACGAAAUCUGCUACCACCAGUUCCACUACAAGAUGGAAGACGUCAUAGUCAACCAGUACGUGCUGCGCUCCUCCUCCACCUCCUCCUCCACUUCGUCCUCCUCCUCUUCGGGACCCGUCAUGCCCUGCGAGCCCCUGGACUGCCCCACCUGCGGUCACACCUACAACUUCGCCGGCAAGCGUCCGCGCAUCCUCUCCUGCCUGCACUCGGUGUGUGAGGAGUGCCUGCAGAUCCUCUACGAGUCUUGUCCCAAGUACAAGUUCAUCUCCUGCCCCACGUGCCGGCGCGAGACAGUGCUGUUCACUGACUAUGGCCUGGCUGCUCUGGCCAUCAACACCAGCAUCCUGAGCCGCUUGCCCUCUGACCCUAACGGGCCCGUGCAGUGGGGCGGGGACGCCGACCGCAGCUGCUACCAGACUGUGCGCCAAUACUGCCAGUCAGCCUGCACCUGCCAGAUCGCCAACCCCUUGUCCUCCUGUGGCAUCAUGUAGACAAGGGGGGGGGGCACUGCAGGCAUGACUCGACGUUGCGCCCCACUCGCCUCCCCAACACCACCACUCUUUUCGUCUAUAAGCUCUACCCUUUCUGCCAACUCCCCCUCUCACACACAUAGAGUAAAUAAAUCCCUCCACAGAUGUUAUCUCUAUAUAUUUAAUAGCACAGACGGAUGCUGUGUGGGACUAAUGGAUGCUGGUGGUUCGAUAAAUAGUAAAUGUAUUUUAUGUAUGGACUGGAAUCCUAUUCACCCUCUCUCGUUUGGUUGGACGUGUUUGUCAUUGACAUCUCUUUACAUGGGAAUGCCAGGGGAGGUCUAUCCCCCCAACCUAGGUGAAUAAAGAUUAAAUAAUGAUAAAA